AUGAAAUUCACUGAUUUUCUCUUUGCACUGAAACCUCAUUUUCCAAUACUAAUAGCUUUUAUUGUUUUAGUUACUUAUUUUAUCAAAAUCCAUGGAAGUGGAUUUUUUGACAAGAAAAGAAGGUAUCACCCUGUUGGUGGCACAGUCAUACACCAACUCUUCAACUUUCAUAGGCUUUUUGACUAUAUGACUGACCUUACAAUGAAGAGAAAAACUUACAGGCUUCUUAGCUUCACUAGAAGUGAAGUCUACACCUCAGACCCUGCUAAUGUUGAGCAUAUGCUCGUUACAAACUUCUCAAACUACGGCAAGGGUUGGUAUCACCACGGCGUCUUGACAGAUCUACUGGGAGAUGGUAUAUUUACAGUGGAUGGAGAGAAGUGGCGACAUCAGAGGAAAUCAGCAAGCUAUCAACUCUCGACUAAGUCAUUGAGAGAAUUCAGCGGCUCGGUGUUCAAAUCCGAUGCUGUCAAACUUGCAGGGAUAGUGUCGGAAGCUGCAAUCUCAAACAAUGUCAUUGAGCUGCAGGACUUGUUCAUGAAAUCAACUUUAGAUUCUGUGUUCAAAGUUAUUCUUGGCGUUGAACUGGACACAAUGUGUGGAACAUAUAGAGAAGGAACACAGUUUUCCAAUGCUUUUGAUGAAGCAAGUGCUGCUACCAUGUUUCGGUAUGUUAACAUCCUCUGGAAGGUUCAGCGGUUAUUGAACAUCGGUUCGGAAGCAGUACUAAAGAAAAGCCUAAAAGUGAUUGACGAAUAUGUGUAUAAAUUAAUCAGACGCAAGAUCGAGCAAUUACAAAAGCCACACGAUAACACUCUUGGGUUGAAAGGAGACAUUUUGUCGAGGUUUCUCGAAUUGAAUGAGACAGAUUCAAAGUACCUUAAAGACAUUAUUUUGAGUUUUAUCAUUGCGGGGAAAGACACAACCGCAAUCACUCUUUCUUGGUUUCUUUACGAACUAUGCAAGAAUCAUCAUGUGCAGGAAAAGAUUGCACAAGAGAUUAGAGAGGCAACAAAAGUAGAAAAUGGAUCAACCAUUGAUGAACUUGCGGCUAAAGUAACCGAUGAAAGCAUUGAAAAGAUGCAGUAUCUGCAUGCAGCUUUGACCGAGACAAUCAGGCUCCAUCCACCAAUUCCAGUGGAAAGCAAGUAUUGUUUUUCAGAUGACGAAUGGCCGGAUGGAUAUAAUGUGAAGAAAGGUGAUCUUGUUUCAUUCCAACCAUAUGUCAUGGGAAGGAUGAAAUUCUUAUGGGGUGAAGAUGCUGAGAGAUUUAGGCCAGAGAGAUGGCUCGACGAAAAUGGAAAUUUUCAAAAACAAAGCCCUUUUAAGUUCACUGCCUUCCAGGCAGGUCCAAGAAUUUGCCUCGGCAAAGAGUUUGCAUACAGACAGAUGAAGAUAUUUUCUGCAAUUCUGUUAGGUAGCCACAGCUUCAAACUAGCAGACCAAAAUAAAUUGGUAAAAUACAAAACCAUGCUCACUCUGCAAAUUGAUGGUGGCCUGCAUGUCUAUGCUUUUAAGAGAACUAAAUAG